AGCAGAGAUGACGACUCUGCGAUUGUGAGUCCCUAGCGAGCCCGGGCUAGCGAAAAGUGGGGCCAGAACGAACUACAACCCCCAUCGUGCCAGGGGGCGGUCUCGCCCGUUUUCCCCUGGGAGUUGUAGUCUAACCGCCCUUGGAUCCAACAGCAACCUCAGUGCGUGAACUCUGUUACCCAGAAGGCCUCGCCCCGCCGCCACCGAAGCUGGAAUUCGUCGGCUAGUAGUUCUCGCCGGCUACUAGAGGAACCUGUUGGCGUGGCCCAGAAGGCUCAGCGGGAUUGCAGAGCCCUCAGAUUCAUCGCUACCCCGAGGCUAAGCGCCAUGCCUCAUAUUGACAACGAUGUGAAACUAGACUUCAAGGAUGUCCUUUUGAGGCCCAAACGCAGUACCCUUAAGUCUCGAAGUGAGGUGGAUCUCACAAGAUCCUUUUCCUUUCGGAACUCAAAGCUGACAUACACUGGGGUUCCCAUCAUUGCUGCCAAUAUGGAUACUGUGGGCACCUUUGAGAUGGCCAAGGUUCUCUGUAAGUCCUAGGUUCCUGGGAGUUUCUGGGAUGUGCCCCAAAUGGGAUGUGUUUUUCUUAUAUACAAGUUGUUCACUUUGAAAUGGAAGAUGCUGCUCCUAUCAGUACUAUUACCUGCCUCUAUACUUGUUGCUGAGAAGUUCUCUCUCUUCACUGCUGUCCAUAAGCAUUACAGCCUUGAUCAGUGGCAAGAGUUUGCUGGCCAGAAUCCUGACUGUCUUGAGCAUCUGGCUGCCAGCUCAGGCACAGGCUCUUCUGACUUUGAGCAGCUGGAACAGAUCCUGGAAGCUAUUCCCCAGGUGAAGUAUAUAUGCCUGGAUGUGGCAAAUGGCUACUCUGAACACUUUGUUGAAUUUGUAAAAGAUGUACGGAAGCGCUUCCCCCAGCACACCAUCAUGGCAGGGAAUGUGGUAACAGGAGAGAUGGUAGAAGAGCUAAUCCUUUCUGGGGCUGACAUCAUCAAAGUGGGAAUUGGGCCAGGCUCUGUGUGUACUACUCGGAAGAAAACUGGAGUGGGGUAUCCACAGCUCAGUGCAGUAAUGGAGUGUGCAGAUGCUGCUCAUGGCCUCAAAGGCCACAUCAUUUCAGAUGGAGGUUGCAGCUGUCCUGGGGAUGUGGCCAAGGCUUUUGGGGCAGGAGCUGACUUCGUGAUGCUGGGUGGCAUGCUGGCUGGACACAGUGAGUCAGGUGGUGAGCUCAUCGAGAGGGACGGCAAGAAGUACAAGCUCUUCUAUGGAAUGAGUUCUGAAAUGGCCAUGAAGAAGUAUGCUGGGGGCGUGGCUGAGUACAGAGCCUCAGAGGGAAAGACAGUGGAAGUUCCUUUUAAAGGAGAUGUGGAACAUACCAUCCGAGACAUCCUAGGAGGGAUCCGCUCUACGUGUACCUAUGUGGGAGCAGCUAAGCUUAAAGAGUUGAGCAGAAGAACUACCUUCAUCCGAGUCACCCAGCAGGUGAAUCCAAUCUUCAGUGAAGCGCGCUAGACCUGGGCAGUUCUACCCUCCCAAGGCACCAGUACUCUACCAUGGGGCAUCCCAAGUGGGCUCCUCACCCAUCCCAGCUACUGCAGCUCUGUAUUACUUUGUCAUUUCCUGUUGUCUCACUCCUGAGGUCUCCUGCAGUAACUCUGUACUUCUCUAUCUGCACACACAAAAUGCCCAAGACACUCACUGGGGAGGAAGCAAGUAAGAAAAUAGUGUGAGAAAAUGACGCAAGAUAAUCAAAUGGGAAUCUGGCGACCCAACAUCCUGAAGAUUAUUAAAAGGAAAAGAUGCUGAUUGGUACAUAAGUCUCUUACAUGGCCUUGGUCUAGAGGAGGUAGGCUUUUAGAAUCAUGUUUUGUUAAUCUGCUUCACUAAAUGGAACCUUCACAUAUCUAAAAAGCUCUGAAGUGUUUGUAUAUUUGAAAUACCUCAAUAAAGAGAGAGCUCAUUGACUGUAAA